UAACACGUCAGUCAGUUGGUUUACAUUGGCUGUAUAUGUGCGGUAGGUGGAAUUGCCCAGCAAACCUGUGAGCACGUCAGAUCGAGUUGGAAAUAUUCGAAAGCCGGUUUACUUAUUGUAAAGCCGCGCGGACCUUGUGCGAACUUUAUACCUUACGGAAAUAUUUUGUAAUUUAAGUAAAUUUUAUAUUUACGUUAGCAAAGAGGUGCAGAUAUGAUAAUUGUAGAACGAUUUGGUCGGCAUUCUCCGGUGCCGUUUGUAACAAUACUUUUUGUAUUUGCAAUAUCUUUCAUAAAUUUGGUCCCCCAUGGUGUUAAUAGCGCUGCUGUUAUGUCAGUGGAUCUUGGUACCGAAUGGAUGAAAGUAGGAGUUGUGUCACCUGGCGUACCCAUGGAAAUUGCUUUAAAUAAGGAAUCAAAACGAAAAACUCCAACCAUAUUGUCUUUUCGCGAUGGUGUUCGAAAUUUUGGUGAAGAUGCUGUAACUGUCGGAUUACGAGAACCAGCUGCAGUAUAUGGAUACCUACUGGAUUUAUUAGGAAAAACUGUGGACAAUCCAAUUGUCGAUCUUUAUAAGAAACGUUUUCCAUACUAUAACAUUACUGCUGAUCCACAACGGCAAACUGUAAUAUUUACAAAAAACAAUAAUGAACAAUUUUCAGUGGAAGAGUUGGUUGCUCAAAUGCUGCAAAAAGCAAAAGAGUUUGCAGAAGAAUCUACUCGUCAAAUUGUAACUGAAUGUGUUCUUAUAGUUCCAGGUUAUUUUGGUCAAGCUGAACGCGAAGCUCUCCUUUCUGCAGCACAUCUUGCUAAUCUAAAGGUGUUGCAACUACUAAAUGAUUAUACGGCUGUAGCACUUAACUAUGGUGUUUUCCAUCGAGCUGAAAUUAAUGAAACAGCGCAGUAUUAUAUAUUUUAUGAUAUGGGUGCUUACAAAACAUCAGCUGCUUUAGUUAGUUAUUCACUUAUCAAAGACAAGCAAACAAAAGAAAUCAAUCCGCUAAUACAGGUGCUUGGUGUAGGUUAUGAUCGCAAUUUAGGCGGCCUAGAGAUACAGAUGCGAUUACGCGAUUAUUUGGCUUCCGAAUUUAAUGCAAUGAAAAAGACAAAAACCGACGUCACAAAAAAUCCUCGUGCUCUUGCUAAGCUCUUUAAGGAAGCGGGACGUUUAAAAAAUGUUCUUUCUGCAAAUCUCGAUCAUUAUGCUCAGAUCGAAGGUUUACUAGAAGAUCACGAUUUCAAAUUGCAGGUAACUAGGGAAAAACUUGAAGAACUGUGCUUAAGUUUAUGGCCUCGUGUAACUAAUCCUAUUCAAUCAGCUCUAACAGUAUCUGGUUUAUCCAUGGAUGUAGUGUCGCAAGUCAUUAUAUUUGGAGGUGGUACUCGUGUUCCAAAAGUACAAGAUAUUAUAAAGAAUUAUAUCAAACAAGAAUUAGGUAAAAGUCUAAACGCUGAUGAAGCUGCAACAAUGGGUGCAGUUUAUAAAGCUGCUGAUAUAGCUACUGGUUUUAAAGUUAAAAAGUUUAUAAUUAAAGAUGCAGUAGUUUUUCCGAUUCAUAUAACCUUCCAACGGGAUCCUGGCGACGGUACUGAAGUUAAGCAAGUGAAGCGUGUGCUCUUCGGUAAUAUGAACUCCUACCCCCAGAAAAAAGUAAUCACAUUCAACAAGCAUACAGAUGAUUUUGACUUUUACGCGAGCUAUGGCGAUUUGUCACACUUUUCAAAAGAGGAGAUUGCAAACAUUGGAAGUCUGAACAUAUCAAAAGUAGAAUUAUUAAAAAUAAAACAAAUUAUAGAGAAAAAUCAGAAAGAUGUUGUCGAAACGAAAGGCAUCAAGGCAUACUUUUUACUGGAUGAUUCUGGCGUUUUUCGAUGUACUGGUGUCGAGUUUGUGUAUGAGAAACAUAAGAUUGAAAAUGAGGAAGAGGGUACAUUAGCCAAGCUCGGUAGUACAAUAAGCAAAUUAUUUUCAAAAGAUGGUUCGAAGAAAAAAGAUAUGGACACACUUGAAGAAAAUAAGGAAAAUGACGAGCCAAUGGAUCAGAAACCCGACAAUGAAGAACCUAUGCAAAAAGACUAUAAGCCGAAUGAUAAAGCCAAUAAAACAGAAGAAAGCCAAAAAGAGGAAACUAAUAAUUCUGAUUUUAAAAACGAUACUGUAAAAAUUAUCGUAGUCAAGGAACCUGUUGAGCAUAAUAUAAAUGUUUUAUUUACCAUUCCACUGGCCGGUACUGCUUUAAAAACUUCAACCGAGAAAUUAAAUGCAAUUAACGAAAUUGAAAGGGAACGUAAUCGUCUGGCUUCAGUAUUCAAUGAAUUGGAAUCACAUGUUAUCGAAACUCAACAAAAAUUAAGUGAAGCAGAAUUUUCUAGCUGCAUUUCAGAAGACGAAAAGGAAAAAAUAUUAAGUGAAUGUAUUGCAAUUUCUGAUUGGCUUUACGAGGAUGACAAUCGUAAACCCUCUUCUUAUGAGGAGCGACUCAUAGAGCUAAAAAAAUUAACCAACAUUUUUCUUUCACGACAUUGGGAGCAUGAAGAACGGCCAGAAGCACUUAAGGCUUUAGAGGGCAUGAUUGAUGCUGCCAGUAAAUUCUUAACUAGUGCAAAAAAUUUAACCAAAGAAACAAAUCCCGAAAAAGAUAUUUUUACUCAAGUUGAAAUAGAUACAUUGACUAACGUUAUUGAUGAAACAACUAAAUGGAAAAAAACCGAAACACAAAUUCAAGAAAGUCUACAACGUCAUGAAGAGAUACGGCUGACCGUUAAAGAUAUAACAGAUAAAAUGUCUCUUCUUGAUCGAGAAGUUAAGUAUUUAGUUAAUAAAUUAAAAAUAUGGAAACCAAAACAACAGCCACAAAAAUCAGACAAGAAUACUGAUGAUGAAAGCGAAGAUGAAACUUCUGACACACACAAAGAAACGACAGAAAGUGGUUCUGGUAAACAAACCACUCAUAACCCUAGUAACAAUGAGGGCGAACAGGGUACAGAUAGCACCAAACAUGCUGACAAGGAAAAUGUCACAGAAUCAACUCCCAGUAAAAAGGAAACUCCUCGUAGCGAUUUAUAAUCCAAGAUAUUAGUGCAUUUUUAAAUUUAUCAAAUAUUUUAAGUCUGAGUCUUAAAACUUUGCUGUCUCUUUCUCAUUCCAACAAAAUUUUCAUGAGUUCAAUUUCAGGUAAACGCGAAAAGUUUUUUAUUUAACUCUCCUUUUAAAUUCCUAAUUCUAAAACUCUUCUAUGUUCAUAUUUAAUAUGAUUAAUUGUAUUUAAGGCAGACAUAUAAACAUUUUUUUGAUAUUGAAACAAAGAACUUGCGAAUUAUUUUGUCAAGACUAAAUGCUAUAAAAUGUUAUAUGAGUACAAUUU